CAACAUUAUUUCUUGUUAAACCGAGAGAAAGAGGCCAGACACAGAGAGGACGCAGGAAGAUGGAGAUGACGACAGUAUGGGCUCAAUUGGGCUCAGUCACCGCCACCGUCAUGUUCCUCUACGCCAUGUUUGAUAAGUUCUUCCCUCCGCCGCUUCGCGACCAUCUUCGAUCUUACACCAACAAACUCACCUCCCUUGUCUCUCCCUAUGUCCACAUCACCUUCCAUGAAUUUACCGGCGAACGCCUCAAGCGUAGCGAAGCUUUCACCGCCAUCCAAACCUAUCUCAGCGGCAACUCCUCACAGCGAGCCAAUAGGCUCAAAGCCGAAGUCGUCAAGAACAGCCAGACCCCUCUCAUGCUCAGCCUCGACGACAACGAAGAGAUCACCGAUGAGUUUGAAGGGGUUAAGCUAUGGUGGGUCUCCAACAAGAUCACUCCCAAGUCACAGUCCUUCUCUUUCUACCCUGCUUCAGAUGACCGGAGGUUCUUCACUCUCGCUUUUCACCGCCGUCAUCGCGAUCUCAUCACUACUAAGUACCUCAGGCACGUGUUGGAUGAAGGUAAGGCCAUUGCCUCCAGAAACAGGCAACUCAGGCUUUACACAAACAAUCCGAGCAGUGGCUGGCACGGCUACAAGAGCACCAAGUGGAGCCAUGUCGUUUUUGAGCACCCUGCAACUUUUGAAACGCUCGCUUUACAUCCCAAGAAGAAGGACGAGAUUCUAAAGGACCUUGUUAGGUUCCGAAAUGCCAAGAACUACUACGCGAAGAUCGGCAAGGCAUGGAAGCGUGGGUAUUUACUCUAUGGUCCUCCUGGGACCGGCAAGUCUACGAUGAUUGCAGCAAUGGCUAAUUUCUUGAAUUACGAUAUCUAUGAUGUGGAAUUGACGGCGGUGAAGGACAACACGGAGCUCAGGAAGUUAUUGAUCGAAACGCCCAGUAAAUCGAUUAUGGUUAUCGAGGACAUUGAUUGCUCUCUUGAUCUUACCGGGCAAAGGAAGAAGAAGCCAAAAGAAACCAAGGACGACGAGGACGACAAACCCAAAGACCCGAUCAAGAAGGAAGAGGAAGAGGAAGAGAAAAAGACAAGUAAGGUGACUCUCUCAGGGUUGUUAAAUUUCAUCGACGGGAUUUGGUCUUCUUGUGGAGGAGAGAGGAUCAUCGUGUUCACAACCAAUUUUGUGGACAAGCUUGAUCCUGCUCUUAUCAGGAGAGGACGCAUGGACAAGCACAUCGAAUUGUCCUAUUGUUGCUUCGAAGCAUUCAAGGUGCUUGCAUGGAAUUACUUGGAUAUCGAAACCCACGAUUUGUUUCCCAGAAUUGAGGAAUUGCUGAAGGAGACGGAGAUGACACCUGCUGAUGUAGCUGAGAAUCUGAUGCCCAAGUCAAUGGAGGAAGAUGAAAAGAGUUGCUUGCAGAGGUUGAUUGAAGCACUUGAAACGGCCAAGCAAGAAGCAGAGAAGAAGGCAGAGGAAGAAGCAAAGAAGAAGGCAGAGGAGGAAGCGAAGAAGAAAGCAGAGGAGGAAGCGAAGGAGAAGGAACAGUGUGGUAAGCAAGAGGAGGGAGGGAAUGAGAAAUUCGGGGAAGGAGUGACGGACAAUGGUUUCCAUUGAUAUUAUGCAGGAACCCGAGUUUGCAUGAUGUACUUCUGUAUGCUUUUAGUUAUUAGCGGAAUAAUUAAUAAUCCUGGAUUUUGUGUUGUUCGACUUUAAUGUUCAUUAUAUUAAUUGCGAAACAAGAAUCAUCGUUGUUCCUUGUCGCUUCAUGAACUAAGACACUUCAGUUCAGUUACAAA